AUGGACCCAGUCAAGUACAUCUUCGAGAAGCCUGCUAUAACCGGUAGAGUAUCCCGUUUGCAAAUGGCUUUAACCGAGUAUGACAUCCAACAUGUCACUCAAAAGGUUAUCAAAGGAAGUGUAUUGUCUGACUAUCUUGCACAUCAACCUUUAGAGGACUACCAGUCUAUGCGUUUUGAGUUCCCUACUGAGGACAUUAUGCUGAUAAGAGAUUGCAACAUACCCGAUCCUGAGGAAGGACCAAAAACUAGAUCUCAAUGGAACCUGGUAUUUGAUGGAACUUCUAACACUCAUGGCAAUGGCAUCGGGGCAAUCAUCACAUCCAUAACUGGUUUUCAUUUACCCUUCACUACAAGGUUGUGCUUUGAAUGUACCAACAAUAUAGCAGAAUAUCAGGCUUGUAUCUUCGGCAUUGAAGUUGCGAUUGAUCUUAGGAUAAAAAUUCUUGAAUUCUACGGAGAUUCAGCCUUGGUCAUCAUCCAAGUUAAAGGAUAUUGGGAAGCUCGAGAUCACAAGCUCAUCCCUUACAAAGAACAUGUUCUGAAACUGAUCACAUACUUUGAAGAGAUUACAUUCAACCACAAUCCCAUAGAGGAAAAUCAACUGGCCGACACCCUGGAAACUUUUUCAUCCAUGUUUAAGGUCAAAUGGAAAAAUGAAGCACCAACUUUCCACCUUGACUACUUGGACGAGCCUGCGUACUGUUUGGCAGUAGAAGAUGAAGCUGACGACCAUCCUUGGUUCUAUGAUAUCAUGAAGUUCUUGGAAAACCAAGAUUACCCCGAGAAUGCAUCCAUCAUCGAUAAGAAGUAUAUUCAGAAGCUAUAG